GAACAAGUUUGCUGGUGAAAAGAUCCCAACCCUGGAGGAGGCCGUGAAGGAAUGCAUCAAACUGCAGCUAAUCGUCUACUUUGAUGUGAAAGGUCAUCCUGAUGAGGCUGCUGCAGCUUUUCGAGACUUGUACAAGAAAUAUCCAGUUCUGUACAACAGCAGCAUCGUUUGCUCCUUCGAACCAAAGGUCAUCUACAGGAUAAGACAAAGUGACCCUGAAGUGGUCACAGCAUUGACCCACAGGCCUUGGAGCCUGAGUUAUUUUGGAGACGGCGUCCCACGUUUUUCGUCUGCAUGGAAGCAUCUGUGGAUGAUGCUGCUGGACAUUGUGUUGGACUGGGCCCACCAUCACGUGCUGUGGAGGCUCUGUGGCAUCUCUGCCUUCCUGAUACAGAAGAACUUUGUGUCACAGGAGUAUGUGCAGUACUGGGCCCAAAGGGGGGUGGCCGUUGUAGCCUGGACCACCAACACAAAUGUGGAGAAAGAGUAUUACCAGGAGGUGCUACACAUCAACUACAUCACCGACAGCCUGGUGGAGGAUUGUGAACCUCAUUACUGAGAAACACAGCAAAUAUCAUGUUCACAUUUACCUUUAUUACUGGACAAAACCUGUAAAUGGAGACAUUUUUACUCACUCAGUAGACAUAUGUUACAUCAGGUAAGCACUUUUAUUUUCAGGUGCUAAUUUUAUUAUUUUUUAAUUGUUGUAAAAAUCACACAUGGAUGUUUUGCAAAAGUCUUAAACUGUCUUUGAUUUUUUUUUUCUCAAUGACUGAAGUCUUAACAUUAAAUGUACAAUAAAUAUUUGAUUUGUUGUUUCUGGAUGUGUUUUGGUGCUGUGGAAAUGCUGUGCGAGCAAGAAAAAGAAUGAUAAAGUCCUGAAAACUUAAUUUUUAAAGAGAACAUGCAUCUUAUAGCUCAUGUAAAGCUGAAAUGACACAAAAAUUUACAAAUUCAACAGGAACUCAUUCAGUGGGACGGAUAACUUCUGGUCGCAUUAGAAGAAUAAAAUCUAGGCAUUCAGCGAUGUUCAUUUGAACACAACGUCCUUAAAUGUUUGAAUGUUUUCUUCAAAAGUCAUAUUUGCCUAAGCACAUGGGAUUCUGAUGAACCGAGUGUUUUAUCUGGAAACAGUUUCCUCGUUUUGCUGUCAACAUUAAGCCUGAGGCUGAGCAGCUUCUUAGUGUUGGGACUCAGGUGACUGACCCAGAUAGUCUGGAUUAAUGGAGGCUGUCGUAUCAGAUAUCACCUCAGAUAAGCCUGUCUGAGCUGCUUCUUGUCUCGCCUGAUUUUCAGCUUAAACUUUGUCUUYUGCCUGACACUCAGGUGAUUUUUUUUCACCUAAACAACAGAUGCUGCCUGUACUAAUGACACUCAGUUCUUGGAUAUGUCUUWAUAAAGAGAAUAAUCUGCUGCUAAGAAGUAGAGAUUAAAAUAAAAUGGAAUAAAUUUGAACAUUUUA